GUUUCAUACAAAGUCAACCACAAAAUCCGUAACAACCGACGAUCCCCGGUUCUCUGAAAAGGAAUAGCUUCACGGUUCACCGACUCAACCGGUAACAAUCAUACAAACUCUUAUACACGUCUGUGUUGGCCACACGUUUUAAUCAAAAUCAGCUCUCUGCAAAAUUCUUUCCGGCGAGAAAGAAUAAAAUAAAUCUCAGGCUAUUUUCUCGGUAGAAAAGGAAAUAAAAAAUGGUGAAAGAAUCAUCACAGUGUCCUUUUGUUGCCGAAAGCAUCAUCCAAAAAUGCCCUUUCCUCAGGAACAUCAACAAGCCCACCAGUUUCUCCCUCUCCUCCUUGAACUUUGCAGUUCCUGUGCAAGAAGGUAGUAAAGGUCCGAUUUUUGAGGAUGGUCCUGCGUUUGAUUCUGCUUUCAAGCUCUUCCAUGGUAAAGACGGUAUCGUGCCGUUAUCUGGAUAUUCUAGUUUCAGAGAUGGUGUUGAAGAAGAGACUCCUCGUGCUGCUGCUCCGCAGUUCAAUCCUCUUGCGGGGAAGGUAGCUACCAUAAGCCUAUCAGCUUUUGGUCCUGGAGGACCUUUUGGGUUUGGUCCUUUCUCAGACAAACAGAAGAAACCCAAAAAGCAACAGUCUGGAGAAUCAAGUAAGCACGAGGCAGUUGGUGAUGAAUGGUUAAAAACUGGGAGCUGUCCGAUCGCUAAAUCUUACAGAGCUGCAAGCAAAGUCAUGCCUCUUGUGGCUAAAGCAUUACAGCCACCACCUGGUAUGAAGUUUAGAUGUCCAGCUCCUAUAGUAGCUGCAAGAGCUGCACUUUCCAAGACCCCUUUGGUUAAAAGCCUUCGCCCUCAGCCUUUACCUGAGAAGAUGCUCGCCAUCGCUCUCAUGGGGAUGGCUGCAAACGUGCCUCUCGGUGUUUGGAGAGAACACACCAUUAAGUUUUCUCCUUCAUGGUUUGUGGCGGUCCAUGCUGCUGUGCCUUUUAUAGCCAUGCUCAGGAAAUCUGUGCUGAUGCCUAAAGCAGCUAUGGCUUUGACCAUUGGAGCGUCCAUCUUGGGGCAGGUCAUUGGGUCAAGAGCUGAACGUUACCGUCUCAAAGCGUUAGCUGCGAAUACAGUUGCUGUAACAUCGACCGUUACGGCGGGUGAUGGAUACAACCAGGAGGUCUCUGAUGGUUCAGGCUUUCCUAAAGGACAUUGUGGUGCUGGGGAAGGAGUGAAGGAGGUUUAUUACAAUGUGAAUGUUGGAGAAUCUGCUAAAUCAACGGGGCUCUGUUAUUGAUAUAUGUUCUUAUUAAAACUACAAAAUUACUAUGUGAGGCUUGCAUGUUUUGUGUGGGAAGGUAUUGUAUUCAAUAAUAUUGUGUAAAACAUCCUUUUAUUCCUUAAAAAUUGGUUAUAAUAAAAGGUUAAUAAAUUCCCCCGGUAAAAAACGGUACUUGAAUCUGAUUAUGAUCACAUCACUUUUUUUGUUUUGGACAAACGAUCACAUCACUUAUCCUUUAUCUUACACAGUAAAUAAAAUGAUACAAAGCACCAUCAUCUUUAGUGUCAAAUAAAAAAAAAAUACCAGAAAAAGAAAACUUAAAACCUGAGCAACUUAAAAACGGUCAGAACAGUAUCUGACCGAGUAUAUAAAUGUGAAGUGAUAGUUAAAUGUCCUUUAGUAGCUGCCAACAUGUUGCCUUGGCAUGCCUCCACCUGCGUUUCUUCCCGGUGUGUUCCCGUAAGCGCUAUUCACGUGUUGUCCUUGUGGCUCACUCAGAAAGCUUGGGCAGUUGGCAAAAACAUGAUUAUUGCUCCCACAAGCGUCACAUAAAGUAACACCGCCAAGAGGUCCUGAGUCGCUAUUGUGUUGGUUACCAAACUGAUUCACUUGGUUUGCUGCAGGUAAUCCAAACUCUCUGCGUGGCACGUCCACUGAUGAGGUCUCUCUGGUCCCUGAGGUUCCAAUACCAGAGUUAAACGCACCAGACCUGAAGUUGGAACUCUCAGGGUUUGCAUCUUCUGUUCUGAGUUUAUUCAUUGCCUCUAGCAGGGACCUGGUAUCUGAAGAAUAGUCCAGCCUCUCAGCUUUCACAACAGUUGCUUUUACACGGCUCUCGUCGCUAAAAGUUUCUUCUUUAAUCUUCAGCUUGAAAAUGUACUUUGUGAAAGCAGCCUUACGGACGAUGUCUUCAAACUUUUCCUCAUCUCUGUCCUCAUUUUUCAUAUAAUACAACUCUUUCGCAGGUAUUCCCAUUAUCACCUCACCAGGUUCCUGAAACGCUGUGGCCCAGGUUACUCCAGUAUGGUCCUGUAACUGCAGCUGCAAUAUAUACCUGUAGUCACAUUCAUCAAAGCAUUUGUCACAUUUCUCACACCUCCAAGUCCCGUCUCCGUUAUUGGUGACCUUUUUGCUGCAUGGACGGUCUCCAUUCAUGUUAGGACAAGCUGUGUAGCAGAAAUUCUCAACCUUCAUGAAUGAGAUAGUGGCACUGACUGUGAUCCAGUCCGGCUUCUCCGAGGUCCCUAGAUUCUCGUCCUUGAUUUGAGUGAUUACCUUGCGAACCUCUUGUCUUCCAGCACCGGUAAACUCCCUAGAAAUCGAGAUACAAGGAGCGUUACGUCCUUCUCUCUCAUACCAAGCCCUCAGCUCUCUAGCUUCAGGUAAGUCUGGCUCUACGACGAGUUGACUUGAUCCAAUGGUGCUCACUUGUUUCCCAUUAAACUCACUGAUCCUUCCCGCCUUCACAGCAAGAACAGGGAACACACCAGAAUCACAAAGACUUUGCAAUCUCUGUCCUUCUGCAUUGCAGAAGUUACCCCACAUGGUUACCUCGACGCUUCUGCCUGACAUAUCCUUCAACUGAAGUGCUCUCUUCUGUGCCUCGGUUCCGUUUUUCCGCAUAAUUGAUCCUGUUGGACUGAUGGAAGACACAAUGCCAAUUACAUCAGUGAUGCUGUUGCUCUCCAUGCUCUCAAUAGCACAUAUCUCCCGGAAAUGGAACUGAUUCCGCGGAAUGGCAGCAUCAUCCUCAUAGCAUUGCUGUAUCGUUGACGCAUUGUCUAAAUGAAUUUCAUAAUCAUUGGGGAGAUGAUUAUACUCUUUACGAGCAGGCUUCAAAUUUCCCUUGGUGAUCAGAUAAACAUUACCAGCAACAAUCAUGUCAAAGAACUUAUCAACCACAUCGUUGAAACAAGUCACCCGAAUCUCAUCACCAGCAGCAUCAACUAGAUCAAAACUGAACACCUUCCCUUCCCCACGGGUACUGUUGAAACGCCUAAGCUCUCCUUUACUCGUGACUCUCACCUUGAUAGUCCACCGACCUUGGUAAGGAUUCAGAGCAGCAAUGGAAGAUAUACUCAGAGGAGCUUCGUUCCUAGCCACGGGUCCCAUGUUGGCAUACAUGGAUGGUGGUUGAGGCUGAACCGGUGGACGCGAAUAAGCUCUUGGAGGAGCCCUAGUUUGUUCCUGCCUAGCGCUUCCACAACCUGUAGCAAAUGGUCUAACGGGAGGUGAUGUUUCAGGAAAUCCAGAAGCAGUACCAAACGCUCGUUUCUCACCAACUUGAGGUUGAGGUGAAUUUGUUAAACCAUGUCUCUCCUGCACAGAGCUUCCAUAACCUGCAUUUGAGCUGACAAAUGGUCUAACGGAAGGUUUUGUUCCAGGAAACUCAGAACCAGUAUCAAACGCUCGUCUCUCACCAACUUGAUGUUGAAUUGAAUUGCUUACACCAUAUCUCACUGUACCAUUACUCAGUUCACUUCUUCUGCCCUGUUGCUGCUGCUCAAAGCCACCAAUGCUUUGGGUGUUUACAGACACCACUCCAGGUUGUUGUUGUUGUUGUUGUGUCU